UGUAACCUGUUUGCCGGUUAGUUAAAAGUGUAAAACAGCAGUGAAAUAAAUUCCUACGUAAAAAAUAUGAUUAAUAGUAAUUUAAUUAUAUUAAUAUGGAAUUUCGCGCUAUUUUUUGGAUUAUAUAUCCAAUCUUUUGCUGCUAUCAAUAUCAUCGAUCCUGAUUUAAACUUUAAGAAUGUGGAAAAACAUAUCGAUUUGCAAUCUCAAUUAACAAAAAUUACAAUUAGACUUGUAUUAGAAAAUGGAAGUAAAGAUCGCCAUAUACGAAAUUUUCUUUUUUCAUUAGAACCUGAACAAAAGAAUAGUCUUAGUUAUAUAGCUGCUUAUAGAGAACCAGUACGAGUUGAAUUAAAAUUAAACGAGGCAAAGGUAAAUGCUUAUCCAGAUAAAAUUUUUUAUCAAAUUGAAUUAAAAGAUCCAUUGUCUCCUGGGAGAACUAUGUCUGUUGAAAUAGAAUGGAUAUUGACACAUGAGCUUAUACCUCAUCCCAAAGAGAUUACACAAAAAGAAAAGCAAUUAGUAAAAUACAUAGGAAAUAUUUAUCUUUAUACACCUUAUACUAUAAUAAAGCAAACAACUACUGUAUCUUUACCAUCACGUAAUAUUGAAAGCUAUACUAAAUUUAAACCUGUUUCACAAAGUGAUUCAUUUAUCACAUAUGGUCCAUAUGAGAAACUUAGUCCAUUUUCUUAUGAGGAAUUAAACAUACAUUUUGAAAACAAUAAUAAAUUCCUUACCGUUACCAAACUUGAAAGAAAUAUUGAAAUAUCACAUUGGGGUAAUAUAGCAGUAGAAGAACACAUUGAUUUAUUACAUACUGGAGCAUUACUGAAAGGUUCAUUUUCACGAUAUGAAUUUGCCAGAGAAUCAAAAUCAUGGGAAGCAAGUAUUCAAAGCUUUGAUACUAUUUUACCUGCAGCUGCCUCAGAUAUUUACUACAGAGAUGAAAUUGGUAACAUUUCAACAUCACAUACUCGUAUUAAGAAAGAUUCAGUUGAAUUAAAUCUUCGUCCAAGAUUUCCACUUUUUGGAGGUUGGAAAACUAAAUAUAUAGUUGGAUAUAAUGUACCUAGUUAUGAAUAUUUAUUUCAUUCUGGAGAUUUAUAUACUUUAGAAAUGAGAUUAUUGGAUCAUAUUUUUGAUGAUAUGGUUAUAGAUGAAUUAAUUGUAAAGAUUAUUUUGCCAGAAGGUUCUAAAAAUAUUGAACUUAACUUGCCAUAUCCUACAACACGUUUACCAGAUUCUCUUCAUUAUACUUAUUUAGAUACUACUGGUCGUCCAGUAAUUUCUGUUACUAAAAAAAAUUUAGUUGAAAAUCAUAUUCAAAAUUUUAAAUUAAAAUAUACAUUUCCACGUAUAUUAAUGUUACAAGAACCAUUACUUGUAGCUGCUGCUUUAUAUUUAUUAUUUUUGCUAGUAAUUACUUAUGUUAGACUUGAUUUUUCAAUUGAUAAAGAUGAAGUUUCAGAAAGUAAAUUAAGAAUUGCUGGACAGUGUGAAAAGAUCUUAGCUGCACAAGAUCGUAGAGUAACUUCUUAUAAUGAAUUAGAUGAUCAAUUAGCAUAUCUUAAAGCAAAUAAAGAUGCCAAUGCAUUCUUAUCUGUGGUAAAAGGUAUUAAUCAAGAGUAUAAGAAUGCAACAAGUUCUAUUACGGAAAUUAUACAACGUUUAAAAGGAGAAUCAAUAGAUGUAUAUGAUCGUGUUCAAGAAUUACAAAAAUAUGAUAGAAAUUUGAAAGAACUUUAUAAUCAACAACAAGCAUUAUAUGUAGACAAAUUAGUACCAGGAAAGAUAGGACGUCAACAAUUUGUAGAAGCAGAAGCAGCUAUCACAAAAAAAAAAGAAGACUGUGUUGAAAAAAUAAAUUCUAUUAUAAAAUCUUUACAGUAACAAAAUUUUUCAAAAUAUUUUGACAUAAAAAAUAUUUGAGAAUAAAAAAUUCUAUAA